AUGGACCUCGAAGAUGUGGAGGAAAUGUCUAACGAUGAAGUUGCCUUGGCACAGAAUGCACGAAGAAAGUCCACUCGUCGCAAUUCGCCGCACAACAGGUGGGAGCCACUAAAACCAGACUUGCCGCCGCCUCUUAACGACCAACCGCCCUCCGAGGUUUCUGAGUGUCCAUCGCUUCCUCAGACUGAACCGCCCUCCAAGGCCUCUGAGUGUCCAGCGCUUCCUCAAACUGAACCACCAUCCUCCCAGGUUGCACAGAGUUCACAACCUAGCAGUGCACUGCGGUCCUGUGCAUGUGCCGACCAGCGGACUGUGGUCAAGUCGGCUGAUGAGUUGCACGAUCGUUACCUUGAGGAAUUGGCUGAAUGGCCAAAAUUCCUGUCCGGCCUCGAGGACCUUGCCAAUCAUCCUCUGCAAACUCCUGCGCUCUCAGCAGAGGCGGUAGACGAGAACCCUGUCCUUGCUCCCUUUUCUCAUUACUUAAAGCCCUCAUCAGCAAAGAACUCGCUGACUGAUGAUCCGAUUGCCGUGCAGCAGCGCAUUCAGAGGUCAUACAGGCGGUGCGUUUGCAGUCUUAUUUCGCUGAGCAGAAGGCGGAAGGAGCGACACCUGAUCCUCUCCGGAGCCAAAUCCGAUUGGGAGGAGUGGUGCACAAGAGAGCGUGUUAAACUUAUGCCUUCUACCGCAGAGGCGUGUAAGUCCUCCAAGAGAGACAUCUUCAGUCGACUGACCUCAUUCAGCACUUCCACCUUUUCGGACCAGUCUUCGACAUAA